AUGAACGAGCAUGCGCAGGAGCAGGGCUCAGACGAGGUGCAGUACUUCCUCGAGGAGAUGGAGAGCAUGCAUCAGCACCUGGCGACAUGGCACCAUCGCAACGUGGUCGGCAUCGACAAUGCGGUCAGGAGCCUGCAGGUGCAGCUGAGCGAGGAGACGGCGAGGAGGAGAGAGGUAGAGACUCUGCUGAGAGCUGAGCAGCGAAGAUGCGAGAAGCUGCGGCUGAAGAACAGCAUCUAUGAGCUGGACAUCAGCAGGCUGGAGAGUUUGCUGUGGAAUGAGAGAGAAAACAACCUUAGUGCUAUGGAGAUGUUCCGACGAUUCAACGACGAGCUUGCAAGUGUGGAAAGUCUCGCGCUCAACGUGGAGAAGGAGCUGCAGGCAGGGCUGCUCCUGGCGUCUUCCUGCCCUGCCGGUAGAGGAACUUUGGAUGCAGUAGAGCCACCAACUGCCGCUACCGGUGCUGUUCGACCGCCAGAGUGGUCGUCGGGAGGGCUGGGCGGGGUGGUCGUCGGGAGUACUGAGUGUCUCCUAGCUCCCCCAUCCCCUCCUCCGGGGAUGGAGCAUGUAGAUGUGGAAAAGAGAGGACGAGGAAGCGAGACGGAGCCGAAGGAAAGAGGGACGUUGAAGGGAGAGGGAGGCGUCAAUAGGCAAGGAGCUACUGGAGGGGCGACAGGCCCAGCUGAGCGCGAAGUCCAAGAAGAUGACCGUAGCUCAUCGACGAGUGCAACGCCCUCGCUGAAAGGAAUCUACAAGAGCGACGGCAGCAGCUCACGGGAGUCACCGUCUGCGAGGCAGCAUGAGAAGAGAGUGACGCUGGGAGGGGCUGACGUGCGAGUCUUUCACGAUCUGAACCAUUCCUCCUCUACCCCAGCGAUCCAUGGCACAGCUCAGUCCCCGGAGAAGCAGAGAUUCAUCAAGAUGAGUGACCUCAGGGUGGCGUCGGAGGAGACGAGGAGCGAUCGCACGUUCAUGCUGAACGCCGUCAAGAGGAACGGGCUCGCGCUGCAGUACGCGAGCAGCAGGCUGCAGGGCGACAGGGACGUGGUGCUAGCUGCCGUCUCCAUGAACGGCCUCGCCCUCCAGUACGCGAGCGACGAGCUGAGAAACGACAGAGACGUUGUCAUGUCCGCCGUGAAGUCUUGGGGAUAUGCGUUGGAGUACGCGAGCGAUGAGUUGAGAGGAGAUCGCGACGUUGUCUCAGCUGCUGUCCAGCAGAACUCCGCUGCUUUCUUAUUCGCAUGCGCGUCCAUCAGGAACGACCAAGAGUUCAUACAUUCCCUUGUGGAGCGCGACAGCCACCUCCUCGGCCUCGUCGACUCCUCGCUCUUGUGA